UAGGGCUUAGGGCUCCUCUCCAGUCGCUACUGCAAAACUCUAACUCUCAAGAGAUGGGUCGUGUGAUCAGAGCACAGCGUAAGGGUGCUGGAUCAGUGUUCAAGUCCCACACCCACCACAGGAAGGGACCGGCCAGAUUCAGAAGCCUCGACUUCGGCGAACGCAAUGGCUAUCUCAAGGGUGUGGUCACCGAAAUCCUCCAUGACCCAGGUCGAGGUGCUCCACUCGCCCGGGUGACCUUCCGCCAUCCCUUCCGCUACAAGCACCAGAAGGAGCUCUUUGUCGCCGCCGAGGGCAUGUACACCGGCCAGUUCGUCUACUGCGGUAAGAAAGCCAAUCUCAUGGUGGGUAAUGUUCUCCCACUCAGGUCGAUCCCUGAGGGAGCUGUUGUUUGCAACGUCGAACACCAUGUCGGUGACCGAGGUGUCUUCGCCAGAUCUUCUGGAGAUUAUGCGAUUGUUAUUAGCCACAACCCGGAUAAUGGCACCACCAGGAUCAAGCUCCCCUCUGGAACCAAGAAGGUUGUUCCAAGUGGGUGUCGAGCCAUGAUUGGCCAGGUUGCUGGUGGAGGCAGGACUGAGAAGCCACUCCUCAAGGCAGGGAACGCCUAUCACAAGUACAGGGUCAAGAGGAACUGCUGGCCCAAGGUUCGUGGUGUUGCUAUGAACCCUGUGGAGCAUCCCCAUGGUGGUGGUAACCACCAGCACAUUGGUCAUGCAAGUACAGUUCGUCGUGAUGCUCCUCCCGGACAAAAGGUUGGUCUCAUUGCCGCCAGGAGGACUGGUCGUCUUCGAGGUCAAGCUGCUGCAACUGCUGCCAAAGCUGAGAAAAGUGCUUAGUGAAAUUAUACGUCUGGUCCAGUUUUCAUCAUGUACUCUUUUUGUGCAAUCUCAGACAUCUCUAUUUGUUUGUUCACUUGCUACCUUCUAAUCAAGAGGGAUAUAUUGAAGUUUUGUUCUAGUUUUAGACUUUUAGGAGUGAGAUCUGGUCAUUCAACAUUGAUUAUUUCUACUACUAUCCAUUUUUGCAAUCUUUAUAUUCUGUUUUGCUGA